UGAAAAAUAAAUAUCUAAUGCUGUAAACUAAAGUAUCAUUAUGCUGUAUUCCGAAUAAGCUUUGACAAAUGGAACACAACUUGAACCAAACCGUUCCUGUUUAGUGUCACAGUUCAGUGUGGCUUGUCACCACAUUUCCCGCACUGCAAGUGAAGGGGAAUUCAUAGUCGCAGUAAUACAUGACAUGUAAAUGACAGGCAAAGCAGGAGGAGGAAGGUAUGAGUUUCCCUGACACGCACACAGAAAGAGAGAGAGAGAAUAAUAAAGUGUCACAACACAAUUGUUUGAUUUAAGCGAAAUACAAUCAUUUAACCUGUUUUUUUGAUUUGCACCCUUGGUUCGUAAAUGUCGAUGCCUUUUUUAAAAUCCUGAAAAAGCUAAAGCUCCUUGUUUUGCUCAUUGUGUCAAGACAACUAAGCCCAAAGUCCCAAACACAGACACUUUAGUCACUCACAAGUGUGAAAAUAGCAUGACAACCAACACGACAAACGGAUGACUUCCUUUUAGGGGCACACAUCCCCUCAUGAUCCACAUGAAACCUCUCUCUCACUCACACACACACACACACACACACACACACACACAUGACGAAACACACACCGUUGCACUUCCCACCUAUACACAGCAGCAACCUUCCUCAUUGUGCUCACAUGCACCUCUUUCAUCCACUUCCUGUUUGUGAGGCGGAGUGUGUGCGUGUGUCUGUGUGUGUGUGUGCCUCUGAGCGCCGGAGAGAUCUACAACCAGAGCUCUUGCUUCGCCCAGGAUGUGGCUUUUAAACUCACGUGUGCGGUGAAUGAAUGGCUGUGGCACUGAGCCGGAGACGCUUCGCCUCGGGACGACUCGGACCCACACGCGGAGGACCUGGACGCCAAGCUGCAGAACCUGAGCGGUGAAGAUGCAGCACACCUCAUGCACGGAGGACAGGAUCCAGCACGCUCUGGACCGCUGUCUGGACGGGCUGAGACAAAGCCCCACAGCAGCACAGCACUGGAACGUGCUGAUGUGCUCGGCGGGUCAGUCAAUGAACCGCUGGAGCCUGGAGGAGCUGGUGAAGAGGGACCCGGACAACUCGCUCAUCCUCUUGCAACAGAUCAUCAGGAAGACCAAAGAGGUUCAGGAGCAGUGUCAGUAUGAGCUGGUGGCUCCUCUCGCUAUAAUGUUCACCUCCACGCUGCUUCAGACACCGUACUGUCCUCCAGACGCAGAGCUGCUGGAGGAAGCUGUUGAGGUGUUUCGCUGCUUCCUCACAUGGCCCGAGCCGUACUGCAGUGUGUGUAGACACCUCCUCUCCACACUACAGCUGGAGAUGAAGGCGCCAGGGAUUUCCUUUCAGAGACUUGUGAGAGAAGAGCAGUUCCUUAACACCCCCGGCUGCAACUCCAAGACCAUGACGGCGCUGCUGAUGAACCCGUGCGAGGUGCCCGCCGACUUCCUCUCGGUGGCUGAGCAGCUCAGUCGGAUCCGGCACUCGCAGACGGAGACCUUCAUCAAACUGAUCAAACACGCCUUCCAGUCCACACUGGGCACCAGAUACCCGCUAGACAGCAUCCACAGAGCCCUGCAAGGAAGAACUGUGACUGAUCUGGGGUCGAUCUUCUCGGCGGUAAGCGACGUGUUGGAGGCGGCCGCUGCCAUGAGUGACCCUCUGAAGGGCCGCGGUCACGUGAUCCAGGGACUUGAGCAGCUGAGGGAGAGGAUGAGGAUACCUGCAUCCAAUGGAAGGAAGUCUGAUGGAAUUCUACAAACUCUACCUUUGCCCACAGCCAAGUGCUACAUGUUUCACUGGGAAACGGAUAACUUUGAUGUUCUGAACACUCUUCUUGAACACGAGCCUGAGGAACCGGUCAUGAAUGAGCAAGCUGUGGACAUGGAGGAGGAGGAGGAGGAGGAGGAGGAGGAGGAGGAGGAAGAGGAAGACGAGACUGGGGUCGAUGUCGAAGAAGAGGAGGACGACGAUGAAAACAAAUACGAAGAUCAUGGAGUGAAAUUGCCUUCAAUGUCUAUCAUCCCUAAUGGCUACACGGACAACAACCGUGCCUCCACCUACUCCACCAUGUCCUCCCUGUCCACUGCCUCCAAAGACUCCAUGUUGUCCACCUACUCCGUGGCCUCCGAGUCCUACGCUCCGUCCCUCUACUCUGCCGCCUCGUUCGGCGACAGCGACUACUGUGACGACUCCGACGACUACAUCAGCUCCUCGCCGCUGGCUGAGAAGUGCUCGCCGAAGUCCACCAACAAGGCCUCGGCCCGCUUCAGCCAGCACCUCUACCGACUCUUCGUCAAGCCCAAGCCCCCUCGCUCGCUGUCCCGGACCAAGAGCUUGGGAAACGAUUCCAAAAACAACCUCUCGGUGGUGCGAGAGAAGCGCUCCAACUCCCUUCCGCAGCAGGUGAAGUUAGACCCUCCCAAGCCCUUCCUCCAGCCUCCUCCAAGUCAGACUCUCAAACACGUCUGCUUCCGGAGGAGGCCCAUUCUCAGCAGCGACGAGGACUCUCAGAGCGCCACCCUGAGGGUGGUGGUGUUCGGCGCCGAUCGCGUGGCCGGGAAGGUGGCCCGAGCCUACGACAGCCUGCGCAGCAAGGAGAGCGCGUGCCCGCGUCUCAGCAGGGCCUUCAAGCUCCAGUUCUACUUCGUGCCCGUGAAGAGGGAAACUGCGUUCCAAAAAGGAGCGGCCCCGUCCACUGAUCCUCAGCUCAGGGGCGCAGGGGACAGCACAGACGACAUAGCCCAUCUCCUCGGUAUGUUGGACCCGUGGUACGAGAGAAACACCCUUAGCCUGCUCAACUUGCCUGCCAACGUCGUCUGCCAGCAAACGUCGAAGACGGAGUCGGAGUCGCACGAUGGUUCCGACGGGCAGCGUCUGCCCAUCCUGGCCGACCUGGUCCUGUACUACUGCCGCUACGCCGCCCGGCCGGCUCUGAUCCAGCUCUACCAGGCGGAGCUGACGCUGGCCGGUGGUGAGAGGAGGACGGAGGUGUUCGUCCACUCCCUGGAGUUGGGUCACGCCGCGGGAACACGCGCCGUGAAGGCCAUGGGUGCUGCCAGUAAGCGCUUUGGAAUCGACGGUGACCGAGAAGCAGUGCCUUUAAUGUUGGAGGUGGUGUACAACAAGGCGGUGAUCAGUGGGAGAAGCCAGUGGAAGAGGGAGACCAAAGUCUGCACUUCAGUGAGCUUAACCAAAGCCUGCAAGAAUCCUGAAGCGCUAGACUCGAAGAUGGAGUGCCUGCAGCUCACGAUGACGGAGGUCCUGAAGAGACAGAACUGCAAAAGCAAGAAAAGCUACAACCAGCAGCUGAGCGUGACGGAGGUGAAGGUGGACAAGGUGCAGGUUAGCGGUGCUGGAAACACGACCUUUGCUGUAUGUCUGGACCAAGAUGAGAAAAAAAUACUGCAGAGUGUCACCAGAUGCGACAUAUCAGUCUGCUACAAGCCUGACGGCUGCGCCGACUGGAGACUGAGGAAAGCCCCGAGCUCGGCCCAGAUCCAGCCUCUCAACCCCACCUUCUGCUCCCUCCUCUGCCUGCCCAUAGUCACUUUUAGUGGGGCUCUUCCCUAAAAAUUGCCGAGUGCUGGAUUGAUGACUGGAUGGUUCGAAAAAGGCAACGUUCAGCGAACAUGACAAUUCUCUCAAUUAAAGACACUGACCGAUGCUGUAGUGAAGAUCACAUGAUGGUGGCAUGAAACGGCAGCGCGGUGCCACAAGAUGGAAGGGG